GUGUCCCGUCCCCACAACGCAGCCACGCAUCUUGAGUGAACGGAUCUUCGUACAGCCCAUACCAUGAGCACCUACGAAGAUCUCGAGGGCGGUCAAGAGUACAAGCAGUUCGUUUUGGUCUCCGAAAACGAGAUACUGCUCCCUGUCACUCAGCAGGACCGCAUUCCGGACCAGAGGUCGAGAUAUUCGUUCACAUGGAGUUGUUCAGCAUCCAACUCGCCCUCUCCUUGGAAGCUCGCUCUCGCGUUCUUCGGCGGUGUAUUCUCUUGUGUACUGCUGCAGCUUCUAGUCGGCUCUCGCCACUCCUUCAUUCCCAAUAACGAAGUCAUUUCCUCCGACGGUGCCUAUGCUCUUGCUCCUCCAUAUGUCGGGUCUACCGAAGUUCAUCCCUUCCCUCCCGCUUCGCCGACCAACAUAUUUCCAACUCUGUUCCCGACGAACGUUGGGCACGCUGGACCUACACCGACUGGCGCUGAACCAGCUCUCAUUGCUACUGCUCCUGCGUAUCCAAUCCACAGCGGUGCUGCUCAUCUUGUUUCUCCUACCUUCGCAAAGCCCAAAGCCAGCAAAGAUUUUGAUCUGUUCAAACAGUGGGGCAAUCUUUCGCCGUGGUUCAGCGUAGACAAACACGCAUUUGGAGUCGACUCUGGUCCUGAGGCACCCGAGACGUGUCGGGUCACCGGUCUACACUUGUUACAUCGGCACGGUGCCCGUUAUCCCACAGGCUGGGCGUCCUUCGGUGGUCCCGCGAGCUUUGCUACUAAGUUGCAUGAGAGUGCUGACAAGUGGAAUGCCAGUGAUAGCUUGUCAUUUCUGAAUGACUGGACAUAUAAGCUAGGAGAAGAGAUCCUGACGCCUUUCGGUCGCCAACAACUCUUCGAUCUCGGGGUCUCCAUGCGGAUGAAGUAUGGGUUCUUACUCAAGAAUUUCACCGAGUCCAACACGGUGCCAGUAUUCCGUACUGAAUCACAAGACCGCAUGCUGGCAUCGGCACUCAACUUCGCGAUUGGCUUCUUUGGAUACCCCUUUGAGGAACAGUACCAACAAAGCGUCACUAUCGAGGACCCAGGCUAUAACAAUACUCUCGCGCCAUACAAGACGUGUCCUAACGCUGGAAUCCCAUCUAAGGCGGAUCGAGGUCUCUAUUAUGUGCAACAAUGGACUUCUGUCUAUCUUCAGGAUGCUUUAGCCCGCCUCUCCCCGCAACUUACAGGCUUUAACCUGACCAUUGAAGAUGUGUACACCUUUCAGCAACUGUGCGCCUACGAGACUGUGGCUAUUGGUUAUUCUAAGUUCUGCGAAUUGUUUACGGAAGAGGAGUGGGAAGGCUUCGACUACGCGAUGGACCUGUACUUCUGGUACGACUCUGCAUUUGGUGCCCCGCUGGCGAAGGUGUUGGGUAUUGGCUACGUGCAGGAACUAGUAGCUAGAUUGACUCAUAUGCCCAUCGAGAUGCACAAUACCUCCACAAACAGCACUCUGGACGAUAGUCCUGUCACCUUUCCUUUGGGCCAGAGUUUGUAUGUUGACGCCACACACGAAGUAGUCGUGCUUCAUGUCAUUACUGCAUUGAACUUGACUACACUGGCUUCAUCUGGCCCUCUGCCUGCCGACCACAUACCCUCACACCGCUCCUUUAAGGCAUCCUACCUUGCGCCAUUCGCGACGAAUAUACAAUUUCAGCUCUUAUCGUGUUCGUCGGUUCCCGACCCCCAGAUACGCAUCAUCAUCAACGACGGAGUGGCCCCGUUGACGGGCAUCAAAGGCUGCCCGGAUCAGAAGGACGGAAUGUGUCCUCUUGCCACAUUUGUAGAAGCGCAGAAUGAAAUCAUACAAGACGCAGACUGGGAGUACGGGUGUCAUGGGGACUGGGAAGUCCCUGCUGGCCCCGCGUGGAACACUACGACCGGGUUGCCGCCCCCACGGCGGUAAUACACAUUCUGUAGUGCAUGACCAGCAUAUCUUCCUGAUAUCUACGCCGCUGCAGCAGUACCGGUUUGCGUUCAUAGACUGGGCUUUUUUGUAGAUUACGUUUCGUAACGUAUUGGAUCUAUACCACGAGGAAUGUGUUUGUGAGACUGA